ACAGAUCAACUCGACAUCAUUUCAAUGGCAGAAACAACCAUGAUGCCGGAGGAGAUAGAGAUGGAAAUGGGAAAGAUUCAAAGACUCCGGGAAGUCUUGGUCAGAAGAGAAUCAGAACUGAGAUUUAUGAUGGAUGACAUCCAGUUGUGCAAAGACAUCAUGACUCUUAAGAAAGAGCUGCAGAAUUUGGUCGCCAUCUCAGAGAAAGACAAGACCAAGCUGCAGAAUCAAAGAGAGGAUGAGCUGAUCCAGAAAAUCCACAAAUUAGUGCAGAAAAGAGAUUUUCUGGUUGACGAUGCAGAAGUGGAGAGAUUAAGAGAGAAAGAAGAAGACAAGGAAAUAGCUGAUUUCCUACGACUUAAAUUGAAACCUUUGGACAAUAUUGUACAGUCUCCAACCAGGGUACCUACAGAGAAGAAAGCUGAGCCUCCUCCUCCACCACCCCUUCCUCCCAACAAGCCCACCAUUGCCAAAACUGGCGCUGCUCUCAUCAAGGAUUGCUGUGGGAUGACCCAGUGCACCAUCAUGUAGCUCCAGCAUCUCUCUCGAGGCAAUGCCUUCCGCUCGACCCACUUCCCCGUUGGCCGAAAAAACAACCAACAACCAACAACUGGUGGGCGAAGGAAUCAGGACAUCAAGCACCCAGAUAUUCUUGAUCGUUGAAUCUCCUGUUGUAUUUCUUAACAGUAACUUGUGUGCCGAACUGUGCUAUUCUUGGUGACUCCUUGGUGUUGCAUGGACCUCAGCGAGCAUGCCCUAGGUUAAGACGAGGAGUAGACAUUAACUAUAACCAGAACACGGGAGAAGAACCGUGAAGCGUAGACAUAGAUGGAGAGGGGGGAUGGCUUAUGACUUGAGGGUAACAUCAGGGGCCAUUUGUUAUGUCUAGAGCUGCGUCCACCCUGCCUUGAUCUGGGUGGCAGAUCAACUCAAGUUUCUUGACUUAGCACAAGGAUGGGUAAGUCAUCUCCAUAAAAGGUAGGAAGAAAAGCCAAAGCGAACGCUAUGCUUAGCAUGCUGUGUGAAUGUUAUCUGAUCCGGCAUGGUGAACAAUAGUCCGAAUCCGGCUGAUAGGUAAAUUCCGCAUAGGAGUAGGAAUCGAUUCUUAGCCUAACGCCAGCUCUGAAGUAGAAGUAACACGUAGCAGUUUCAAUGGUCUGUCGAGCACUGGAUACACCCCACACCUUCUUCCUUUCACAGGCAGUAUUUGAUUGGUGGGCGAACGGAGGCAAACGUCUUCCGGAUGGCUGGGUGGGGUCCUUUUCGCAAUGACGUAUGUGUUAAUAAAAACGCUAAAUAGAAUAGCUAAUAAGCUUA